AUCCAACCGCGAGGAUAUUCUCUCCUGAAAAUACUAACGGUCAGGCACUGGCACGAGAAACAUCCGCGAAUCGUCCUGCUCCCCGUGGCGAGUGUAAGAAUUCGCGCGGCGUCGUGCUUCCGUCACUAUGAAAAUCGUUGCAACGUCCCUCAUUAUUUUGAGCUUUGUUAAUCUAAUACGGGGUCAGAGUGAAGUGGACAGUGAGAAAGUGAUGGGAGAUUCCGGAUCGUGGUCCAGGAGGAUUACGAAAAUCAAUAGGAGAGAGGGAGCAGAGGAACUCGGUGGGCUGGCCAACCAAGAUAAGCAAAGACACGAUGGAAGAUGGCCGGAAGAGCAGACGAUAAUUCGCGAUUCUCGAAGGCGACCUCGUCCAUUUGCAUCCGUAUUAACUUCUAAUGCGGAAACAUCGUUUCAAGAUCGCUUCGAAUCCCGAAGAGAAAAGUUUCACAACGGCAAAGAGGCUGCCGCCCCGAUAGCAACUUUCGAUUUCAACGCUCCCACCGAACCCUCCCCUAUUCUUCUGCCACCUUUCGCCACUCCUGCACCAGUUUACCAAAUUUAUACUAUUUCCGAGGAGAACGCAACGGAGCCCGAAUCCAACGAUGUGUCAUCCGCGAACACCGGAAAGUCGAGUACGUCCUCCGCACCCAAGCAAAUACGAAUAUACGAAAUUACGACAUCGAAUUCUACCGACGCCGAAACCGAGAAAAAUGAAACUAACCACGUGGAUGAUUCACACGAGUCCUUCAACAUUCGCGAUGGAAAACAGGCCACUUGGCUCGACUUUCCUCGCGAGCCGUACACCGCUACAAGCACCUUCGAAAACGAAGACGAAUUGGACAGGAAACUUGAACGAAAUGACUUUCGUUCUUCGUUUCUUGAUCACGGGGCUAGAAAAGCGGGAAUUAGUGACUUUGAUUCCAGUGAGAAUAGAACUCAAUCACAUUUUCGAGGUAACCGGAAGUACCAGAGCAAUUAUGACAACCGAAAAGUCUUCAUGAGAAAAAAAACGUUCUCGCAAUCCUUCAAACACGACUGGGCCAGACGAAGUGGACAACGUUCCCAUUUUUUCGUCUUCGAUGACGAUACGAGAAGCGAAGUCGGUUCGGUGCCUGGAGUUCCUGGUCGUGACUAUCCGAUUCAUCAGGAGCACACGCAUCAUCAUUUGCGUAACGUCGUCGACAGAUUUCCAUGUCCUCGGGGUCCGAAGAGCCACGUAUAUUUGGCCGAUCGUGCAUCGCGUUGUCAGAUAUUCUACGUGUGUUAUGGAUCAAAAACCGGAAUUCCAAUGGUGUGUCCAAACGGCACACUGUUCAGCGAGCCCCUUCAAGUGUGUGACUGGUGGUACAACGUCGCGUGUUAAAUAAAUCAUAAAAAUAAAGCAACUCUGUGCUCCCCGA